UGGGCUGUCGGAACAGCUGGGUGGUUUGUGAUCGAGCAGAUGUAGCUGAUCUUCAGAGGAAAGAGUGCAUCGUCCUCUAUUGCUCGACAACAGCAGGAUGUCUGCGGAGAUACUUGGGAAGGAGAAGACGAUAGACCUGAGGAAGAAGCACGUCGGGCCAUCUUGUAAGAUUUUCUUCAGCCAUGACCCUAUCAAGAUUGUGAAAGCCAAAGGCCAGUACAUGUAUGAUGAAAAAGGACGCAGCUACCUGGAUUGCAUCAACAAUGUGGCUCACGUGGGCCACUGUCACCCGGAUGUAGUGAAGGCAGGAGCUCAGCAGAUGGAACUGCUCAACACCAACUCACGAUUCUUGCACGACAACCUUGUACUGUAUGCCCAGAGGCUGCAGGCCACACUGCCCGACAAGCUCUCUGUGUGCUACUUUGUCAACUCAGGAUCUGAAGCCAAUGACCUGGCCCUUCGACUAGCAUGGCAGUACACUGGCCACAAAGAUAUCAUCACGCUGGAAAAUGCGUAUCAUGGCCAUGUCUCAUCGCUCAUUGACAUCAGUCCGUAUAAGUUCCACCACCCGUCUGAUGCUGAGCGGAAUCAAUCAGUCCAUGUGGCUCCCAGUCCAGAUGUGUACAGAGGCAAAUACAGAGCGGACCACCCUGAUCCUGCCACAGCAUAUGCAGAUGAAGUCAAAGAUAUGAUACACGGAGUCCAUGAAAAAGGAGGCAAGAUUGCCGCCUUUAUUGCCGAGUCAUUGCAGAGCUGUGGUGGGCAGGUCAUUCCCCCGAUGGGCUAUUUCCAGCAAGUGGCACAGCAUGUCCGCAAGGCAGGGGGCCUUUUCAUCGCCGAUGAAGUCCAAGUGGGCUUUGGGCGUGUUGGCACCCACUUCUGGGCCUUCCAGCUUCAGGGAGAGGAUUUUGUGCCUGACAUUGUCACAAUGGGAAAGCCUAUUGGGAACGGUCACCCAAUGUCAUGUGUGGUCACGACCAAAGAGGUGGCGGAGGCCUUCAUGUCAUCUGGAAUGGAGUAUUUCAAUACUUUUGGCGGUAACCCAGUGUCGUGUGCCAUCGGUAUGGCCGUCCUAGACGUGAUUGUGAAAGAGGAUCUCCAGGGUAAUGCACUGCGUGUGGGGAGAUACCUGACCAAUCUGCUGGAAAAGCAGAAAGAGAAGCAUCCACUGGUUGGUGAUAUCAGGGGUCGAGGUCUCUUUGCUGGCAUGGAGCUUGUGAAGGACAGGUUGAAGCUCACUCCUGCUACAGCAGAAGCCCAAGAGGUCAUAUAUAGGCUAAAGGAACAGGACAUCCUUCUCAGUGCUGACGGACCUCAUCGCAAUGUGCUCAAAUUUAAGCCCCCCAUGUGCUUCACUACGGAGGAUGCUGACCUGGUGGUGGAGAAAAUUGACCAAAUUCUCACAGAGCUUGAAGAAGCAUUGGGCUUGAAGUUGCACAAUACAUUGAGCGUAGAGAAUGACAGCAGUAAAAGAAAGCUGCCAACUGAUGAAAAUGGACACCAGUGUCACAGUGGGUUAGCACACAACAGAGGGAGCAGUCGAGGAGCUCAUCAACAAACCAAACGCAUCAGGACAUAAUGCCGCCCACAAACAGAGUUAGACCUGUGAAGGGACAACACUUUAUCUUUUACCAAGUUAAGGAUUCGGGUCGGACAUUAUAAACUUUAGAGUUGACAAAAUGCUGGAUAAAAAAAAGAAGUGCCUUUGCAUGUAACUUGAUUAAAAAUGAUUUUACAUUGAUGAUAAUAUACUGUAUAUCUCUGAGAUUGCAGUGUCUUCUCAGGUAGUUGGUUUUUUUUAAUUACACUUAGGAAUCAAGCCACUUGUUCCUCAUAACAUUAUGUUUAUUAAGUUUUAUUUUUGUGCGAAACAAAUCUGUGCACUCUUAACUUUAAUUUCUGCCAACAUUUACGUGACCUUGAUUAUCAGGGAAGUCAGAUGUUAAUAAAUCAUAAAUUAAUAAAUCAAAAAGGUAUCAUGUCAAUAAAUACAGUGACUCAAGCAUUCAUAUACAGCUUUCACUGAAAAUAAACUUUAAUCAGUUUAGUUGAACAUGUGGAAUUCCUGUUUUGUGGUUAUCGAUCUGUUUCGAAUAAAAUACUGUAUGUAAUACUCUAUUAAUAAAUUGUGGAAAGUCUGA